ACUAGACCUAACACAACUUUGAUAGCGAUCUUUUUUGGCUGGUCAGCUAACGUUCGCUAACUACCUAAUUAUUGGCAGACACUCCUGAACACUGAGGAUGUGUGUAGUUGAUCAGCGUAGCUAAUUUCUUACCAGCUAACUAGAUAUAUACAGACUACGAGUUGUUUAAUUCAAUGACGUGAAUGCAUACAGAAACCCACCCGGCACUCGCCAGCGUUAGCAGUACACAGUAAUCCGCAUGGUGUAGGUAUAACUAGGCUAGCCAUCGUACGGCUGAACUAAGGUUACCUUCCUGACUGAAUCAGAACAAAGAAAUGUGGAUUGUCUGGCAGUGAGGUGAAACAUUUUGGUCCCAGGUCAGCAGUCCUAGUGGUGAAAUAUUGGGGACGCACUCUGUGCAUGACACAGCUCUGAAGUCACAAGAAGAGAGGCGCUCUGCUCAGACCAGGUGUAGAGGCUCGGAGAUGAGCGGGCAGGUGGACAGUGGGAAGGAGCCGGUGCCUGGGCUCCACGAGAGGGUCACUCUCCUGGUGGACGGCACACAUUUUGUAGUGGAUCCUGCGGGCUUCACUGCUCACCCUGACACCAUGCUGGGCAGGAUGUUUGGUCCAGCCCGACAGCACAACUUCACCAGGCCCAACGGGAAGGGCGAGUACGAGCUCGCUGAGGGCAUAAGCGCCGGAAUCUUCCGGGUGAUCCUGGAUUUUUACCGGACAGGGGUCCUGCGCUGCCCGGACGGGAUAUCGGUUGCCGAGUUACGGGAGGCCUGCGACUAUCUCUGCAUCAACUUCGACUACAGCACCGUCAAGUGCCGGGACCUCAGCGCCCUGCUGCACGAGCUGUCCAAUGACGGGGCACGGCGGCAGUUUGAGGGCUUCCUGGAGGAGCUGGUGGUGCCGGCCAUGGUGAGCAGCGCCCAGGGCGGGGAGAGGGAGUGCCACAUCGUGGUGCUGACGGACGACGACACCGUGGACUGGGACGAGGAACACCCCCCACCCAUGGGGGAGGAGUACUCUCAGAUACUGUACAGCACCAAGCUCUACCGUUUCUUUAAGUACAUUGAGAACCGAGAUGUAGCCAAAGCUCUACUGAAGGAGAGAGGCCUGAAAAACAUCCGCAUCGGCAUUGAGGGGUACCCCACCUGCAAGGAGAAUGUGAAGCGGAGGCCGGGCGGGAGGUCAGAGGUCAUCUACAACUACGUGCAGCGGCCGUUCAUCCAGCUGUCCUGGGAGAAGGAGGAGGGGAAGAGCCGGCACGUGGACUUCCAGUGCGUGCGCAGCAAGAGCGUGCCCAACCUGACCUCUGACCCCGCCACGCCCACCCCACAGGUGGACGAGCUUGACCGCCUCAACGGCCCCGUCCCGCGCCUGCCCCCCUCCUUGCACCCGUCCAACGAGAGCUGAGGCCUCCCCCCUCCCCCACCAUUCAGUGAAAGCUGAGGCCCCACCCCCUUUUGUGGUUCAUGCGAGUCUGGACUACAACUCCCAUGACUCCCGGCAGCUGGAUGACUAGUCGGCCUGUCCGAAUGCUUUUUUGUUGCCGUGGCGCGUUGGGUCUCUGCCGCGCAGGUGCAGCUGUGGGCACCGGUGGGGACUUUCUUUUCUGGGAAAGAGGUAGAGCUAAAAGUUUGUCUGCUAACACAGCUCUGUGACAUUCUGAUUGGAUGAUUUUUUGAAGUUUUCUUUGUGGGGGUGGUGGUAUUGAAAAAGGCAUGCCCCCUGCUGGUGGAGUGUCAAACCAAACAAAAGUGUCACAACUUAAAAUACAGCAGGACUUAGUAGACUGGAAGGGGGAGUACCAGCUAGGUGUGUUCUCUUAAGGAGGACGAGGCUACUGUCCAAAAACUUCUGAAAGGUUCUGGAAGAUUUUUCCUGUGUGAGAACUCAGUUGGUAGCUAUGACUGAAAUCUCCCUCAUCCCACAGCAAGGUUAAAAAAAAUAAAAUAAAAAAAAGAAGCGCAAAAAAAAAGGUCAAAGGUUAUGAUUGAGAAAUGGAAAGGAUUAAGGCGGUCCUCCACAAGCCUUCAGCAUGAAUUUGCUGUUGUGUGAUGUGAACACAAACAGCUGUCAUGAGCUUCAGACCAAAACCGCCAGGAGCCCGUCUAUCGGCCAUCUGCUGGCUGAGGGUAGCAGGGACUCGAGUGGGGUGGGAGCGAGCGUGUACACGUGCACGAUUUAGCGCUGGAGUUUCAGGGGUGCUGCAGGUUUUUGUGUGCAGACGUGUGCAUGCGUAUGCGUUUGUGGGAUGCAGGGGUGCUGCAGGUUUUUGUGUGCAGACGUGUGCAUGCGUAUGCGUUUGUGGGAUGCAGGGGUGCUGCAGGUUUUUGUGCGCAGACGUAUGCAUGUGUUUGUGGUCUGCAGGGGUGCUGCAGGUUUGUGUGCAAAUGUGUGCAUGCAUAUGUGUAGCGGUUUCAGGGUUGCUGCGGGUUUGUGUGUGCAAACGUGUGCCUGCGUAUGCGUUUGUGGGCUGCAGGGACGCGGGUUUGUGUGUGCAGACAUGUGCAUGCGCAUGCGUUUGUGGGCUGCAGGGGUGCUGCAGGUUUGUGUGCAUGCGUAUGUGUAGCGGUUUCAGGGAUGCUGCAGGUUUGUGUGUGCAGACGUGUGCAUGCGUAUGCGUUUGUGGGCUGCAGGGACGCUAGCUGUGCGUUAGCAGUGGUUUCGGCCUCGUUAAGCUGCCUUGGUGCUGAAGCUGGCCUCUGAUUGGCUGAUCUGCUGCACCCUGCUUUUAAAAGCCAAUGUUGUUUUAGUUCAGCCCUGCUGGGUGGCAUUUUAUCACAUGACCAAAUGCGUCUCCAACUGUCAGGUUCAUUCUUGGAACCAUUUUCUUUAGUCACUUUGAAAAUCUGUCUGGAUGAAAGCCGUGGACAUUUAUAUACAUAUUGUCUAUAUUAUUUCUAUAAAGGAUAUGUCUACUGUAUGUUAUUGAUCUGAAUACAUUGUGAUUUAUAUUUAUUAUAAAAUAAAGGGUUUGUGCAAA